AUGGCCAAGCGAGUUGCAGUGAUCGGAGCUGGUGUGAGUGGCCUGUCCUCCAUCAAAUGCUGCUUAGAUGAAGACCUGGAGCCCAUCUGCUUUGAAAGAAGUAGUGACAUUGGCGGACUGUGGAAGUUUACUGAAACAUCUAAAGAUGGGAUGACUAGGGUCUACAAGUCACUAGUGACAAAUGUCUGCAAAGAAAUGUCAUGUUACAGUGACUUCCCUUUCCAAGAAGAUUAUCCUAAUUUCAUGAACCAAGAAAAAUUUUGGAACUACCUCCAAGAGUUUGCUGAGUACUUUGACCUUCUGAAAUACAUUCGGUUUAAGACCACCGUGCGCAGCAUAACAAAGCGUCCUGACUUCUCUGAAACUGGUCAAUGGGAUGUUGUCACAGAGACAGAGGGGAGGCAGGACAGAGCUGUCUUUGAUGCUGUCAUGGUUAGCACUGGACACUUCCUGAAUCCUCAUUUACCUCUCGAGUCAUUUCCUGGAAUCCAUAAGUUUAAAGGCCAGAUCCUACACAGCCAAGAGUACAAGAUCCCAGCAGGCUUUCAGGGCAAACGCGUCUUAGUGAUUGGUCUUGGAAACACUGGAGCAGACAUUGCCGUGGAGCUCAGUCGAACCGCUGCUCAGGUACUUCUCAGUACUAGAACUGGUACCUGGGUUAUCAACCGCUCUUCAGAUGGGGGCUACCCAUUUAAUAUGAUGGUUUUAAGAAGACACCACAAUUUUAUUGCACAAGUUCUGCCCUCCUGUAUUCUGAAGUGGAUUCAAGAGAGGCGCCUCAAUAAAAGAUUUGACCAUGUGAAUUACGGACUAAAUAUUACUAAGGGGAAAAAACCAAAAAGGAUUGUGAAUGAUGAGCUGCCAACCUGUAUCCUCUGUGGGACAGUCACUAUUAAAACCAGCCUAAAGGAGUUCACAGAAACCUCUGCUGUCUUUGAAGACGGGACAGUGGAAGAAAACAUUGAUGCCGUGAUCUUCACUACAGGAUACACAUAUUCUUUUCCCUUUUUUGAAGAACCUCUCAAAACCCUUUGUACAAAGAAGAUAUUCCUAUAUAAGCUGGUCUUUCCCUCAAACCUAGAGAAGACAACAUUAGCUAUGAUUGGCUUCAUCCACCUUACAGGAUCCAUCUUAGCAGGCACAGAGCUCCAAGCGCGAUGGGCCACAAGAGUAUUCAAAGGACUCUGUAAGAUACCACCAUCUCAAAAACUGAUGGCUGAGGCUAUGAAGAAGGAGCAGCUCAUAGAAAGGGGUUUGAUGAAAGAUGCCAGUACAGACAAACUUGACUACAUUUCCUACCUGGAUGACCUCGCUUCCUUCAUAGGCGUAAAGCCCAACAUUCCACUUCUGUUCAUCAAGGAUCCCAGACUAGCGUGGGAAGUUUUCUUUGGACCAUGUACUCCUUACCAGUAUCGCCUAAUGGGCCCCGGGAAAUGGGAUGGAGCCCGAAAUGCCAUCUUGACCCAAUGGGACAGGACACUGAAACCCUUAAAAACUCGAACCAUUCCUGGUUCCUUCAAACCUGCCUCCAUGUCACAUUAUUUGAAAGCCUGGGGGGUACCUAUACUGCUUGCUUCCCUUCUGCUGAUCUACAAAUCUUCCAUUUUUUUGAAAUUGGUGCCAGAAAAACUACAGGACAGAAUAUCCCCUUACUUAGUAAGUAUUCGGUGA